AUCUAUGGUUCCACUUGAAGACAUCAAUUCUCUGACAUCAAUGAAAUGGGAAGAGAAGUGUAAAAUUGUAAAUUUUGUGUUCAGUAUACAUUUUAGAAGUGAUUUCGUUGAUGGUGAAUUAUUUAAAUAGUUUUUAUCUUGGAGCAGCAUAUCAGAGGUAUGGCAUCAACAGGAAGCGCACCUUUUCCUAAAUGGCAAUUAGCCAUUCUUCUCGGUGCACCAUUGGCUAUUGGUUUAGGUUACCUUUAUCUUCGAAACAGAUUUGAAGACCCUGAAAAGAAAAAAGUCGCAGAGUUAAAAGCGAAAACUACAAUAUCUUUGGAUAAUGAAGAUAAUAAUAUAAAAUCCUCUGAGAGUGCGAUUGAGCGGGCGAUGAAGCUGAAGGGCGCCGGUAAUCGAGCUUUCCAUGCUGGCGAAUAUGAUAAAGCUAUCGGCCUCUACAACGAAGCGAUUGAAGCAUGUCCUCCGGAUCGUCCUGUCGACUUGGCCACCUUCUACCAAAACCGCUCUGCGUGUUACGAGAAACGUGAAAUGUGGGACCAAGUCAAGGAGGACUGUACAUUCGCCCUAAAACUUAACGAAAAGUAUGUCAAAGCGUUUUUGAGACGAUCCCGUGCCGCUGAGAAAAGCGGCGAUCUAGUCCUUGCCUUGGAAGAUGUCACGUCAGCAUGCAUCCUCGAACGAUUUCAAGUACAGAGUUCUUUGGUGAAUGCCGAUCGUAUUCUUAAAGCUUUGGGCAGGCAGCAUGCGCGAGAGGCACUCGCUAAACGACAACCCGUCAUGCCGUCGAAACACUUCAUCAAAACUUACUUUUCUGCUUUCUCUGAAGAUCCCAUUAUGAAAAUCCAAUUGGAUGAAAGUGUCACGGGUGGUUUUGCAAAGGCCAAACAAGCACUAGAUAACCAAGACUAUGAUUCAAUUGUUGAUUUGUGCACUGAGGAGCUAGAUUCUAAUGGACAACACAAAAAUGAAUCCUUGCUUCUGCGUGCUACAUUCUAUUUGUUGUUAGGCAGACAUGAAGAAGCACAGUCAGACCUUGGCAAAGUUAUUGAAAGUGAUGCACCCAUCAAGGUUAGAGUGAAUGCUCUGAUUAAGAGGGCCUCCUUGUUCACACAGUUGGAAAACACUGAACGCUGCUUGGAAGACUUUGCUUUUGCUGCACAAUUAGAUUCUAACAAUUCAGAUAUUUACCAUCAUCGCGGACAGGUGUACCUUCUGUUGGAGCGCAUGGAUGAGGCCACUUCUGAGUUUUCAAAAGCUGUUGAAUUGAACCCUGACUUUUCAAUUGCUUAUAUUCAAAAAUGUUAUGCCGAUUACAGACAUGCUCAGAUCAACAAAAAUGUUGGUGCCCUUAGUCAGGUGCGAGCAGACUUUGAGCGUGCUUUAGAACGAUUCCCUCGGUGUACUGAGGCAUACAUCCUGUAUGCUCAGGUGCUGUCUGACCAGCAGGAGUGGGGACGUACGGAAGCUCUAUUUGACUCGGCUCUGUCUGUUGACCCAAAUAAUGCUACACUGUAUGUACACAAAGGUUUGGUGCAGCUACAAAAAAGCACGGACUUUGAUAAAGCUGUAAAAUUGAUAAACAAAGCCAUUGAAAUGGAUGAUAAAUGUGAUUUUGCUUAUGAAACAUUAGGCACUAUUGAAGUACAGAGGGGUAACCUUAGACGUUCGUUAGAAUUGUUUGAAAAAGCUAUUUCACUGGCCAAGACCGAGCUAGAGAUGACCCAUUUAUUCUCUUUGAAGGAUGCAGCAGCUGCACAACUGAAGGUGUCUGAACGCUGGGGUCUGGACUGGACUGUCAGCUAGACCUUUGCCGUUUAUCUUGCCACAAAAUCAACGAGAAUGUUAUCUGGCCGUCCAAACUAAUAUUUCCCAUAUAAUAUUAAUGUUGCAUUUUCAAUUAUUGUAUUUAAUUUACAUGUUUGUGCUUUACAUUCUUAUUAAAUUUUAGAUAGUUUUUGUCACUUAUUGUUAAACGCUCUUAACAUUUUGUGAGUAGAUAGUUUGUUAAUUGUUUAUGUAUAAUUAUUGUCAGUAGUUAUGCCAGAUUGUAUUCUCGUUGCAAAUUUUACCGCCGCCGACUCGAGUAGCGUCAUUUAAUCGAACAGUUUCAUAGUGAUCCACUGUAUUGCUUCAUAUAUUUCUAUGUUUGAUUUGUCUUUAAAACAUAACUUGUACUGUUUACACAUAAAUUGCCGUUUUAAACAAGUCGUCUCAAACAAGUGAACAAGUUUUUAUGGCCGUACUUAAUUCACAUUUCCAAUUACAGCUCUAAGCUCGUAGAUUGUUUCCGAAAAUAAUUUAAUUUCCGAUCAGAUUUAAUAACUGAUACUACAUCACAAUAAAAAGUCUUUAUUGUAGAUAUAAAUAAAAAAAAACUUUCGAAAAUAAUAUAUAUAAAAUACAGUAAUUUCGGGUGACUUUGAUUCUAACAAUUCUAUGCAGUCUGAGGCUUUGGGAACACAUAUUGUGAGUUCAAAAAUAUAUUGGUCAUCGGUAUCAAUAUAGUCAGUUUAAUAUUUAACUGCGUUUUAUAACGUUAUUAUUUUUUAUUGCGGCUAAUGAUCAUUGAGAGGCUGAAUUUGGACGCCAUAUUUUCUGUGCCAUCAAAAUCAAACGUGGUUACAACUGUAAUGCACUGAAGUCCCAACGGUCAUGUACAUAUUAUAUGAAGAACAUGAGAAAGAUAUUCCGCCAAAAAUGUUCUAAAAACUGGAGCCGUUAAAAAAAAUAUAAAAAUAAUAUUUUAGGACGUUAAUAAAUAAUUAAAUACAGAUAAAUUUGAAUAACUAAGUACUUACAAAAAUAUACUUAUUGAAUAUUUCAGUCUGUAAGUCUCAAACAAUGCAAGCGUAAUUCUUAGGUAUUUACCCAAAUACAGAAGAGUUAGAUGGCGUUAAAAUUACAUAUUUUUUUUUAUAAUAAUAUAAUAUGAAUCUAAGGGCAAAAUUAGCGAUGCGGCAAAUUUUAAGGUGCCCUAAAGCUUACACUAUAACCUUAAGAAUUCCAAAUCAUAGCAAAGUAUGACGAAAGUUUCCAAUGCGCCACAGUCUUAUACAUUUAGAAAAGAAUUUUAAAUUAACUUUGAACAUAUUUUAGCUAUGAUUUUAUUAGAGCUAUAAUUUAUAAUUAUGUUAUUUCAUUCAUUGUGUGCCGUAAUCUUAAUGACAGUUCAGUUCCUGGAUAAUUAAAAUGUAAUAACGUUACAUAUUAUGACAUUUUAGCAAAUUGCGAUGACAAAAGUACAAGUGAUGCAUUAUGUUAUAGAGUAACAGGUUAAUUGUCAUAGCACCUUUUAAUUGAACCAGCCUUAGAUGGACUACCUAGUUUUCAUUUGAUUUCUUGGAUGCUGUACUCAAACGGAAACUAUGCAUUACUAAGCCUACAAUGUGAUUUCGGUUGUCUUUUUGUCAUUCACACUAUAAAAGGCACUAUUUUUUACUGUAAUAGAUAGUGCACUAAAAUUAUCGGAACUUUUAAUGCGUUCUCGUAGAGUAUUGGCCAAAGCAAACCAAUAUCUCUUUAAAAUUGGAGUUAGGUACAUAAAGUAACAGUUGUCUAAGAUUACUAAACAUCGUGACAGCAUCAUAAUCACUACAUAGUAUAAAACAAAGUUACUUUCUCUGUCCCUAUGUCCCUUUGUAUGCUUAAAUCUUUAAAACUACGCCACGGAUUUUGAUGCAGUUUUUUUUAAUAGAUAGAGUGAUUCAAGAGGAAGGUUUAUAUGUAUAAUAUCCAUUAAAUAGUGGAGAAAUACUGUUAUUUUGUUAUGUUAUACCCGUGCGAAGCCAGAGCGGGCUGCUAGUUAUCAAUAAAAAAAAGAAUAUUAAGAAAUACAGAACGAGUGUGGAACUGAAAGGUUUGCAGAACGAAAAUAUUAUAUUUUCAAAUCUGCUAAAAUUUGCGCCCUAUAUUACAAUGAAAGAGAAACAAUUCUGAUUCAUAUUAUGAUGCAAUGUUUCUGUAAAUUUUCAGAGUAAAAUUAUUUAUCGUAUCACCAUAUUGUUUUGUAGAUAAAAUCCUUUUUCGCUGCGAAUCAAAGCUAAUCUCCAAGGCCAAAGUAACCCGAAAUGCUCGUAGCUAUUUUGUUAAAAUACGUAUGUAGGUAUGUUUUUAAGUGUGGUGUAUAAAAAUGUAGUUAUCAAAAUUUACUUCACAUUGAAGUCAUUACCUAAUCCUCGGUAAAUGUAGUUAUAGAGCAGGUGAUAUGCAUUGCAUUUAAAUUAAAAAUUUGUUAAAUUAUUGUGAAUUUGGUUACGAGAAUUAUAAAUAUUGUAUUUAAAGUAUUUGGGUAGCUAGGGGUGGCGCUGUUUCAAAGUUUAUAUGCAAUAAUUUUAGACCGACUACAGAUAAGAUAAAUGUUACUUUUAUCAAAUUAUUGUAAUGUGACUAAAUAUCUAGAAUUUUCCAUUAUAUAUUUAGUGGAGUUAUAAUGUUUAAUAUACACAAUAUAAGUAAGUAUUGAAAAAUGUAAAAACCACUGGAAACUAUAACGCGCGGUCCUAAAAUCAUUACGUGAUUAUAUGAAAGAUAAGACAUUGACACACAUUGAUAAUCUUAUCAUUUUGUAUUCAACGCGAGGUGCCGAUAUUUUUAUGUGUUCACGUAUGUUAAAUCAUUACUUUUCAAAGCAUUAUAUAGAAAAUUAAAUGUCUAGAAUAAUGUAUGCACUAUGAGGUAUAAGUGUGUUAUUCGAAUGAAUUGUUAGGUACUCUGUGUUGUUAUUUUGUUUUGGCUCUAAAUUAUAACAAGCAUAUUGUUUAAUGGUCUAGAAGUAUACUUGCAGAACCAUAAUGUUGACAAAAUAUGUUCCAUUGCGUAUUAGGUGCAAAGAGCGCGAGGUACGUGCGGCGGGGCGUGUAUAGUCGGUGUAUUCAAUACAUUUUUCGGCAUUUAAAUCGUUAUUAGUAUAUACCUGCGAGAGCUCCAUUAGGUACUUGUUUAAAAUAAAGGUUUUGCAGAAACAAAGUAUCUAUAUGUAUUGCUUUCAGCGAAUAAACGAUGUUUUGAGUGCACCUAAAAAUUACCAGUUAGAUUGUGAAUUUAGAAUAUAGCUCGCAGAGACGGUUCUACAGAGUUGUUACCUCACCGAUAGUGGAUAGUUAUCAAUUUAUGGAAACUACGAAUUACAUUAUUUGAAAAAACAAA